AUGAUGACAGCGGCGUUUUACCUGAAAAGAGUGGGAGGCCUGGUGGAAUGUCGGGCCAUGGAAUCUGCCGUUGCGCAAGGUCUGGUACGUGAAGCUCCACAGCGACGACGCAUUCAAAUUACUUACGGCGAAGAAAGAGCUACGACGAAAAGGCCAGGCCAGCUAGCCAGUUGGUACACUUAG